AUGGCUAGAAAUUUUGAUGAUAUGUUUAAUGAGGCUUUUUAUGGCAAACGAAGACGGCAAAAUAACACACUCAUAGAUAACUGGAUCGAUGAGUGUUUACUCGAAGAUUCAGAAGAAGAAGAUAUCAAUAGAAGCUCUAUCCCAACUCCUCGUAGAAGGAUCAACAGAGAUCGAGAAGCAGGACAUGAUCGCCUUUUCCAAGAUUACUUUGCAGAUGAACCGGUGUAUAUUGCUGACAUUUUCCGAUGGAUAUUUCGAAUGAGAAGACAUAUGAUCCUUCGGAUUGUAAACGCUCUCUCAAAUGUCUAUCCGUAUUUCCAACAGAGGGUUGAUGCAACUGGAAGAAAAGGCUUGUCACCACUCCAAAAAUGUACCGUUGCGAUACGGAUGUUAGCAUAUGGCGUAGUAGCUGAUGCUGUUGAUGAUUAUGUGCGCAUAGGCGAGAGCACUACAAUUGAAUGCUUAGAAAAAUUUGUUACAGGUGUCAUUUUGGUGUUCGAGGAAGAAUACUUGCGAAAGUCAAAUCCAAAUGACGUACGACGCCUGCUACAAAUGGCGGAGGGUCGUAGCUUUCCUGGCAUGUUGGGUAGCAUUGACUGCAUGCAUUGGCAAUGGAAAAAUUGUCUAAAGGCGUGA